GAUAAUUGUUUACUUUAAAAGUUUUAGUAAUGAAUGACUGGUUUCCGAGCAUAUCGCACAGUUACAAGACCGGGAAUAAGACGAACACAAUUAUCGGCUGCCAUAUUAGAUUCUUUGAGAUCCUUUGGGAAACUGACUUAUAUUCAAGAUGGCAACAGUACAAUCUAAUACACGAAAACGCGUAUACUAUUACCGUCUUCAAACCCUCUUAAUUGAUGGCGGAACAGAAGUUAUUAGAAAUGUCUUUGAUCAGAAGAUCAACAUACCUUUGACUGUCCACCUAACCAAUAAUCACACCACCAUCUUACAACUGAAGAAAAAACGCAUUAUUAACCAAAAGCAGUAUGAUACGUUGUUCUCGGCACCUGUUCUUCCAAAGCCACUAACGUCUGCAGACCUAGACAUUACGAUGUUGACCUGUUUGUUACAACAUACAUGUGGUCUUCUAAAAAGUACACCAAACAGUGUCUGGUUUUCAACUCCUGCCCAGAAUGACACAUCGCUUGAAGCUGAAAUUGUCAGAAUGAGACAUUUUCGAAAUGAGCUUGCACACAAAAAGUCUAUCCCGCUUUUACAGCAGUAUUUCAGUGCUAUGUGGAGCGAAAUUGAGACGGUACUUUUAAGAUUAAAUGGUAGUACUACAAAUAGCAUUUCAAAUCUGCAAGCAACAAUAAAUGCGUUUAAAACUGGCACUGUUGAUGAAGAAUCCCAAGAGCGAAAUGAUCAACUACUUGAAGACUGGGGAGAGAUGGAUAAAACUGUACUGGCGGGAUUGGAAGAAGUUACCCAAAUGUUGCACGACGAGAGAUGCAGGACUACGGCAGUUGUAAAGGAGGUGACUGAAAUACGUGAAAAUAUCCAGGCAAUUCAACAUAAAGUAUCGCCAAGACUGGAAAGCCUUAAAGUUGUUUCACAGCGAUAUUUCAACAAGGUAAAAGAAAGGAAAGACCUGUUUGUAAAAACGGACGUUUACCAACUAGCAUUGAAACGAUUUAACACAUCCGGGAUUGCUAUUUUAAGCGGCUAUGCAGGAGAAGGAAAAACCACAGUUGCAUCACAAAUGCUUCUUGAAACAUGUCCGGUGAAUAAAAUCCUCAAACUGUCAACUCCGAAAGAUUGGAAACAACUGAAUGUCAAAGACAAAGACUGGAAUGGAAUAUUCAUUGACGACAUCUUCGGAUCUGACGCAUUUGAUCCAGAAAAAAUGAAAGGCUGGAAACCAUAUUUAGAUGAACUCCAAGCUGAAGCACAUGGAUUGAAUUUGUUAGUAGUUAUAACAACACGUCAGAAUAUUCUAAACGAAGCAAAGGAUCAUCGUACUUUGGAUCUUUUUAAAGAAGAAAAUGUCACAAUUCUCUCUUCUUCAGAUCUUUCAAAAGAGGAGAAAAAGAAUAUCCUAUGGCUUCAUUUACAAACGAACAAAAGAGAGUGUCCUCCAUCAAGUCUCAAUUCGUGUGUUUCCCGAUGGAAAGAUGACGAGUGUAAAGUAGGGUUUCCAGAAUGUGCAGUCAUGUUUGCUCAAAAUGACACACUGUUUAGAAAGGGUGCUGAAUUUUUUGCUGCACCAUUCGAAUUUUUCCGCAAGUGCCUUUCAGAACUUUCGAAAAAUGAGGAUGAGUUUAUGAUACUUGUACUUUUGUGGACGAAAUCAUCUAGAAAAUUGUCAAAAUUUGACCUAGAGCCAACACAUAUUCACUCGCUGUUAGAAAUAGCUGCAGAACUCAAUUAUCCACUGGAAGAGAAGUCAAGGACUUUACGAAAAACUCUUGACCACCAUAAAGGUGGCUUUCUGAGCCUUACCGAUAGGAAAGACGAAUACACAUUUAGCCACAGCGUUAUUGGCGAUGUUGUUGGGCUUGUUACUGGCGAAGAAUACCCGGAUGUAGCAAUAAAAUACGGACCAAAAAGCUUCGUUUUGAAUUAUGUUCAAACGAGAAGCAGCGACAGUAAAAAUUGUAUUCUUGUAGACGACAGAAGAUACUCUGUUCUCAGCAAAAGGUUGAAUCAGCUACUUUUUGAGAAGAAAGAAAGGUCAUCAGAGUUAGAUAGCACACUGAAAAAACCCACAAUAAACAACAAAGGAAUAGAAAAUACACGUAUAUCGCAGUCAAAUCCAGAUGUUUCAGUUCUUGAGCACGAAGCAUUCAACAAUGAAACGUUUGUUCGAGAGCAUAUAGACCCUACAAAUGGAAACGAUAUUGUGACAACGCCAAUUUUAGAAGUUUAUAAACAUUUUCGCAAUCCUUACUGCAUUGUAUUCGAAAACGGUCAUAUGGGCAUGUGUAUGCCAGCAUUUUAUCUGGCAAGGAAAAAUGAAAUAAUGGUCACUGAAUGCAUUAAACGUAAUAUGCUGACAGACAGAGAAAAAUAUAUAGCACUGCUGUUCGCUACACGCGACAAUAAUGAAAUGAUGGUCCGAAAGCUGAUAGAAGCAGGUGCAAAAGUGAAUGAAGACGCCUUGCAUAUUGCUACGGUCAAUCAAAAUAUUGGGAUCAUGAAACUCCUGUUACACCAUUUUUCUCAACUCAAUGCAACCAAUAAUCAUAUACAGAAAAGAAAUUCCCAACUAAUCACCGCGACCAAGAGACAUUCCCUAAAAGCUGUCACCUGUUUGCUCCAAAGUGAUGUAGACGUAAAUUACACAAAUGAAGAUGGCCUUUCCGCGCUUGAUAAGGCUGUUAUUUGCAAAAAUGUUGCCAUAUGUGAGACUCUGGUUAAAAAGGGAUGCAAACUUGAUGAAAAAAGUGGAAAAUUCAAACGCACACCUCUACACAAGGCAGUCGAUUUGGGAUGUUUCGAUAUUGUGAAAUUGCUAUUGAAUGCCGGCUCCUCAGUGGAUACCACAGAUCAUCGCGGAGAAUACCCUAUACAUUCCGCAGCUAUUCGAGGCCAUACAGAAAUCGUCCGAACUUUGCUUGACAAGGAUAGGACUCUGGCAGUUAAGCCAUUCAGUUUUCGCGGAAAAGUUUAUUACAAAAAUUCGACUCUUUUCCAUUACGCUGUAUGGAAGGAAGACGAAAUAUUGCUCAAUCUUCUCAAAGAAUUUGAAAUAGAUUCAAAUAUCCAGGAUGGUUAUGGUAGAACGCCUUUAUACCUAGCGACUUACUAUAACAAACCAAAAUUUGUUGAACUUAUGAUAGAUAAAGCAAAUGUGAAAAUUGCGGAUCGGAAUGGAUCCACACCAUUACAUGCAGCCGCUUUCAAAAUGUUUCCAGAACUUGUUGAAUUAUUGUGCAGGUUCUAUACAGACAUUCGGAUGGUCGACCGAAACGGAAACACAGUGUUUCAUGUGUUGAAGAAUUCGAGCGAAAAUGCAAGUAGCAUCAAAGGAAAUACUUGUUGUGACAUUCGUGAAAACCUUUCAAAAUGCGUGAAGAUACUUUUAGAAAAGGACGCAGAAUUUGAAUACGCGCUCAGACGAAUGAAAAACAAAAAAGGGAUAAUUGUCUCUGUGGAAUGUGAGAAUGGUGUAUAUUCCCUUACAUAUUACCGAGGAAAUAUUUAACAAUAAACAGAAGAAGUGGAAACAACAGGCCGCCCAACACGACAAAUAUGAAAAUGUUGCCGGCUCGGUUUCAUUUAGCCUGUUCAAGUCCGCCUAUAAUUAAACAUACUAUACAAAUUCUACGAAUGGUACGUUUUCAAGGAAGCGUAUUUGGUCUGAAAGGAAGAAUUAAAAAAUUUGCAAAGUUUUACCGAGACUUUUAAUUGGCAGAAUUAGCAUGUCCCCCUAAUUGCAGCAGACGAUGUUAGAAAUGCCAAGGUCAGUUCUAAAAUAAAAUAUGCUGGGAUUUACAGACCACCAAAAGGAAGUUGCACUAAUAAUUAUUCCAUACAGAGAUCGUCCCAAACGUUUGGAUAUACCGGAACUUGUUUAUCAUCUGCAUAACACGCUGCAGCGUCAACUAGUGCAUUAUGGGUUAUAUGUUGUAGAAACGGCCUUAUCCGUGCAGUUCAAUAGUGGCCAUUUUAGCAAAUGCACGUUUCCUUACAGCAAGGAGUAUAAACAAUUACACGUGCUACAUCAUACAUGACGUUGAUCUCGUGCCGAAUAAUGACCGUAAUUUAUACAAAUGUAGCAAAGCUGGAAAAAAAGGCAAUCUGUCUCGAGUAACGCGUUACGUUUCUCAAUCUUCAAAGUAAAACUCAGUUAAAACAACUAAUUCUCAUGUGUUUUCUAUAUAUAGUCUAACAGUAAUUUCUUCAGGUAUUAGGCCCAUAAUAGAGUACCUCCUUUUUGAAGAGUAUUCAAUUCCUACCAUAAAACUACUUUGACUGCAAUUUUCAUAGGGGCGUAGGUUCAAGUCCCACUGGCACCAAAUUUUUUCCCCCUAAUUUUUUUUUUUCUAGUAAGGUUUUACUUCUUUCAAAACUUAUUAUUGAUUUAGUGUACAAAAGUGGAAAAAAAAUUGAUAAGCGAUUUCUUGAUGUUCUAAGUGAAUUUAACUAUGAAACAGAAGGUGUAGAGUUAGACAUUUUUAAAACUACUGAGUUACAUGCGGUAAAAGUUCUCUAUUUUGCCUUCAUUCUUUAGAUUACGUAUUGUGGAAGAAAUGUAGGUAGGGUUUACUUCUGCCCUAAGGUUAUUUUUGAAUGAAGUGAGCAAAAUUCAAAACAGACCCGCAGGAUUCGACCUUAAUUUUUCAAUGUUGGAGUUAGAAUUCUGUCUCAUUAAAUCUGUUUACUUGAGGCACCCUAGAAAAAAUGAUAUUGACAGCUUUAUUUUAAAUUUUAUGAUUGUUUACCAAUAGUUUGAUGUUUCUUUUAUAAAAAGAUAAUGGUAUAAUGAAUUCUCUGCAAACGUUUUGGAUAAAGGCCAUCACUUUGAAAUUUGUCUCUACUUGAGCUUUAGGAAAUACCAUAAAUUAUACAAAAUUUAUAAAGAACGGCACGGUAAAAGUUUUUAAAAAUUUGCAACACAGUGCGAAGCACGGCCAACUGUAAGAAUAUACCAAGCAAAUGCCAUUUUUUAAACAUUACUAUUAGGGGUCUAAUACCUUAAGAAAUAUAUUCUCUUUUUAUUUUGUUAUCGUAUGAUCUAGAGGCCAAUACCUCCAAUUACAUAAUAGGAUGGGUGUGACAUUAAGAUAUACAGGAAAUUGUAUCUAAAUAUAUAAUUUGGGAAUAUCAAAUUGUUCUUAAAAUAGAAAUUACAUUAGCGAUUGUGCUUUAUUCCCAAAAAAUCAAUACAAAAAAGUAUGUAUGAUUAAUAAUAGGUAAGAAUUUAAAAUUCAAUAUUAUCAUUUUUCAACUAUUAGGAAACAGAGCUGUAAGCGGUAGAAUUAAUUGACUUGGCAAUGUAGUUGUUGUUGUUACUGCUGUUGCUGAUGUUACGCUGAUGAUAAUGACAAGAUAUGUUAAUAAAAUAUCACGACAGCGAUAUUGUUAGUUCUGAGAAAGUUAUAUGACUCGCUGUUGAUUGAUUAGGUGAUACGUGUGGUAUUGCUGUUCUACUACUGCUGAAAAUGUUUUUGUUAUUGUUGUUGUUGAUGAUGAUGAUGAUGAUGAUGGUGAAAGGGAUGCCGCUGAUGAGGAUCGUAAGGAUAAGGACCUUGAUAAAAAUCUGAUGACUAGCCUGUUGCUGAUGAUGAUGUUGACGAUCUUCAAUUAUUAAAAUACUAGAUACGAGAUAUGAUUUCUGUUUACGAUGUAGUGUUGCUAAUUGCCCUGUUAUUGAUGAUAGAAUUGUUUGAAUUAAUGAUAAUAAAACAAAGCAUAUUUUAACAUAUCAAAUAAUCGAAUAAUGAAUAUCUAUAAAUCGUUUUGAGAUUUGAUGUUUGAGAUACAAUAAAAUGAAUUCAUGUUGCCCGUAAAUGAAUUUUGGAUAAUAAAUAGUAAAACGGUGAAUUUUUCUAUUCUUUUUUUAAUUUAAGGCAUUACAUGAUUAUUCCCAAUUUAAGAACAUGUAUAUAUUAUAAUCUUUAAAUAUCUAUGCUAAAAUUAGAUGGAUCUAUAAAAAGUUAUAACCGAUUCUAUGAGAUUUUUCUGAUGAUGAAAGAACACGUAUCUUCUGUUUCAACUAUAGUAAAAACAAUUGAUAUCAAUCACUCCAGUUUUUUCGCAAGAUCAGGUCAGAAUAGUUUAUUUACGGAUACAGUCCCAUGGGCAGCAGACCAAACAUAAACAACGGACAUUGUAUGAUCUUGAGCACAUUGUGUUUGGUCUGAGACACCUGCAGUAAAUGUGGUAUUUGCGAACAAAAUAACAAUCACCAUUCGAAAGUACCAUGCCUUUCAUUGGGCUGGGAAAAGCUCUGUGGCAUCAGACAGCAACUUAUAAUAUGUGUUUGUAUCAGAGCAGUUAAAAAUAUUAGGAAACGGGCAUCUGUUUUAUAUCUAUGGAAGUCGCCAUCCUAUAUACCAGGCUUUGGUCAUAUUUCUCUUCUUCUCUCAAAUGGGGUAUACAUAAGCUUUUAUCCGAUGGAACAGUCGAGCAUUCGUGUAAUGCUAAAUGAUACCUGCACUGCUAAGUUUAACGGAAGUUUGGCUGAAGAGAAAGAAGACAUCAAGCGAGAACCGGUAAAAGAGACUCUAAUUGUUGGACUUGAUGUUGAUGCUGUUACACGUUGGUGGAUCAGUUUUGUUACAGGAAAACCAAAGUAUGAUCUUCGGACGCAAAACUGUGCAACAGUUGUAUUUACAGCGCUUUGUAAAGGUUCAGAUUGUUCAAAAUACCAGCAAUUGUGAAAAAACUCCCAAACUGGUUUUCCAGUAGGUACAGAAAGGAUACCACGAGAGAAAGAAGAUAUCAUGCGGUAAAGCAUGCAUGUGUUGUCUUGAAGCAUUGCCCUAUAAAGCUUUAUGCUGCACGUGAAGACAUUCGUAUAAACUGCUCAAAAGGAAACCUUUUAGUAGAAUGUUCAAUUUGUGUUAUACGGAAAGGAAAAGCAAAGAAUAAUUCUGAUGCCCCAAAGUUCGACCUAAGGCAAAACUCAAUCCAAGGAUCAAAAAGCCUAUUUUUAUAAAAUUUUGAUAUACCUCUGACAAUCAAGAAUAUGUACCUCAUCUGUCUCAUUUUGACAUUCGGUUAUAAAUUGAGUAAUAAACAUACUGUGCUUCGAUCUUGCAACUAUUCUUGCAAAUUAUAACAUGUUCUGUACUCAGAAUAGACUUUGAUCGGUACUUCAGACAUGUUUAAAUGAGGAAAUACAUCUCAUAUGACAAGGCAUUAAUAGAUGUGGAUGUUAGUUUUUUACAAUAAGGUUUGAUAUUAAAUGGUUUCACGCGUAAUACUGUUUGAUAUUUGAAAUCUUUUAUAACCAACCGCCACGGCCUUUUUCAGAUAAUAGUUUAUGAUAAAUUCGUAGAUAUUGUUCUUACAUUUAUAGAUAUUGGUGAUACAAAUAUAAAAUACUGGGAAAACUGAGGGCUGCCAAAGGCAAGUUCUUUCAUUAUAUGGUGUAUAAGCAAUUAAUAUGUCAACAAAAAAAAACCCAAAAGAAAACAGGAAAAUAUUACCAUUAAAACCGCAUUCUACAAAAACACGUGACAUAUUAAUUUAUAGAUACUGGUGUUACGUCUGUAAAUAGUUUUGAUACAUCGGUACAUAUAAUUAUACUACAUGUGCUUUUAAUUACUUUUUACUUUAACAUGUUCUUCAUUGGUAUACAAAUGAUGUUUUAAAUGACUUUUUUGUCUUCUAGUGUCAUGAUUUGAAUGGCAUUGAGUGAAGUAUAAUAAAAUACAGUCACGAACGGAGCGUAUAACGUUUAAAGAGUUUAAUUAUCAUGCAUUUUCCCCGUGAUAUUUAUAGAAAAGUUUUCACGAUAUGCAGAAAAUACCGACAUAAUAGUUUGCCUUUUUAAAACUGUUUGGCUUUUAUUCUCUGAACCUGAAGAUUGGUAAACAAAAGGCUUGGUAUAGUGUAUCUAUACAUUUUCUGGUUCUCUGGAAUCAUAUAUAAUUAAAUUUAUGUCAUUAGCGAAAGAAAUAAUUUUGCAAAAUCCAUGACUUACCGAAGUACACAGAAAUAUAAUACUAAGUAAAUACAUUGUAUACCAAACAUCAGAAGAUCCUUUCUAGCUGCUAUACCUACAUUUUGAACUUUAUCACAUCUCUAUCAUUACUAAAACUAAUCUUUGCACAAUUUUGACUAUGCAGAAAAAAAUUAUUAUAUAAAAUAAUGAUAAUUUCUACAUUGUUUUCACAUUUAAUCUUGGCAGUUCAAGUAUCCAUGUAGUAUUGGUUUACCAUUUCAUCACUUAUAGUAUCGAAUGUGUUCAUAAUUUUUACCAGUAUAUUUAUAACCAGUUUCUCAGAUUUAGACAUUUAUGAAACUGAAUAUGCUGUGUAUUAUAUAAAUUAUAUUAAGGCAUGUUGUCAAUUACAAUACAACAAGUAUGAUGUAUACAAAAUGAUGUGUUCAGUUUGGCAUAAUAUUCAUUAGUACUGUAUACGAAUAACAUCCAUCUAGAGAAUGGCAUUUUAUUAAACUGUGUAAAAUUGUUAAUUAACCUUUAGCCUGCUGGGGGCAAGUGAUUCUGCCUUUGCGACAAGUGUAGACCAAUAUCCGUGCAGGCAGAUCAUGGUCAGUCAGUAAAUUUUCAGUGAACAUCCAUUCAAAGAGUAAAUGGUAUUGCUCAAAUUGAAUGAUGGACGAGUCCAUUUUAGAAAUCUAGCAGGCUAAGGGUUAAUAUAUACGGGCAUUAAAUAAAGUAGCCUAAAGGUAAUUUUCAUUGCAACUGCUCAAAGAAAACGUGCUUUACCUGACUGUAAACUUAAGCUUAACUACAAAGAUAUUUUACUUGGACAAAGUUCAGGCGAAAAACUUCUUGGCAUAUAUUUUCAAGAUAAUCUUAAGUGGGAUACUCAUAUUAAACAUGUUUGCAAAAAAGUAGCAUCAUAUAUUUGGCUACUGUAUAGAAUCAGAGAUUUUUAACAGUAUCAUAUCGAACUUUGUUUUAUAAAGCAUAUAUUCAACCGCACUUGGAUUAUUGUGCUAUUAUUUGGGGAAAAAACGUCUAUAAUUAACACAAACAAAAUUAUAAGACUACAAAAACGAGCCUGUCGCACUAUUUUAGGUAACGAAUUUCAAGAGUUUGAUCAAGCUUUGAAAUUACUUAAUAUUCAAAGAUUUGAUAAGCGUCUUUUUUUCCAGAAGGCAUGCUUUAUGUAUAAAGUGUCAACUAGCUUACAUCCUUCUUAUAUAAAUGAAAUGUUUCUGUAAAAGCCACAAACAAACAACACAUCCUUAACAUUGCGUUCUAAUACAAACUUAAAUUUUUAUAUACCAAAUACAAACAGUGAAAUAUUUAAAGGUAGUCUUUUAUACUCACGGCCAAUUGUAUGGAAUGGUUUGCCAAUAGAAAUAAAAACCUCAUCUUCAUUGUCAUGUUUUAAAUUUAACUAUAUAAAAUGGAUCGAUGAAUGAAUGGAUUUUAAUGCUAACUACAUUUCAUGUAUUUUUACUUUUAUUUUAUGCAUAUAUAAUUUCUUCUUUGUUUUCUGUUAAAUAUUUGUUACUAUGAUCACAAUACUGUACAUUCUAGUCGUUCAUUCUAGUCGUAAGAGGGCCCCAUGGAUGAUUAGCUUUGCUAAAUGGGUUACCCUCUUUAAAUAAAGAAUUUACUUACUUACUUACUUACUUACUUACUUGCCUUAUUUUAUUACGAGCUUCAAACUGACAAUGCAACUCAGGUAUGAUGUUUUCCUUUAUAGAGGGAUGUCUUUAAAAUUAGAUUUAGAGAAAGCAGUUGAUAAGAAGACAUUAGUAUUAUUAUCCUUUAGAUUUGUAGGAUACACUACACUAAUUCAUAUCUUCAUAUAAAGUUUCUUUAUAUUUGUUAAAAUGUGAAGUUUAAAAAAAUAUCCUUGAACAUUGUUCAGUAUGUAAGCAUAUAAAUAUCACCUUUAAAUUGUUAGAUGAGGUGUAGUUACUCAGAUAUAAUUUGAAAUAUUUUACAUUUACAAAAUUUUUAUAUAACUAAUAAAUUAACUCUUAGACUAGCCGCUUGACUGAUAAUAAAGAUAUUUCUACAUUUAUUUUG